UCCUCCUUGAGUUCAGCUGUAAAUACUGGAAUAUUUCCAUCAGUCUACAAGUGAAUUUGAGCAUCAGGAAGAAGUGAAAUCUGCAAAGACAGAGUUUAUUGAAGGACAGUGAGAAGAUGAGUGAUCCAGAACCCUGCAGAAUUAAACAGGAAGAGACUGAAGAACUCAUAGAUGUGAAGGAGGAGAGUGAAGAACUGAAUGAAGAUGAGGAGAAACAUCAGGUCAAACCUGAAGAAGAAACUCAAUCAGAGGCUGAACAUAGUAUUUUAGUGGAAAGAACUGCUGUUAAAGUUUCCACCUGCACUCAGUGUGGAAAGAGUUUCAGGCAUAAACGGGAUCUCAGUCGUCACAUGAGGAUCCACACUGGAGAGAAACCUUACCAGUGUUCACACUGCGACAAGAGGUUCAGUGAUUCAGGACGCCUGAAAUCACACGAGAGGAUUCACUCUGGAGAGAGACCAUUUCACUGCACUGCUUGUGGGAAGAGUUUCAGACAUAAAUCUUCUCUACAAAGACACACGCAAAUCUUUCACAACCUGAUGGUGAAGGAGGAGGAAAGUGUCAGUGGUCAAUAUUCAUGCUCUUUGUGUGGAAAGAGCUUUAGGCAUCAAGGAAGUUUCUGGAGACAUAAGAGGAUUCACACUGGAGAGAGACCACACACAUGUACUCGGUGUGGGAAAAGUUUUGGACAGUCAUCAAACCUUAAACAGCACCUGAAAAUCCACACUGGAGAGAGACCGUACACAUGUGAGCAAUGCGGCAAAUCAUUUUUUAGCCGUUCAGAUUUGAAGGUCCAUCUUACACUUCAUACAAAUGCGAAGCCUUAUUCCUGCUCUGCGUGUGGAAAGAGUUUUACUCUUCAGUCAUAUUUAAGAAAACAUCAGAAGAUGCACAAUGGUGUGAGAGAGUUUGCGUGCUUUGAGUGUGGGAAGAGUUUUAUUUUACCUGGAGACUUGAAGCGACACCUGAGGACUCACACUGGAGAGAAACCGUACACAUGUACUCAGUGCGGGAAGAGUUUCACACAAUCAUCAAACCAUAAUAAACACAUGAAGAUCCACACUGGAGAGAUAACCAGAUAGGGUUCUAUCCAAAGAUGUAAAUUAGAUUAAUGUGCAAAACUGAAAUGUGGCAUAAAACAUUUGUAAAUAAAGCCGCGAUUCCAUCCAAUGAGUCAAAGACAAUUAAAUCAUCAUGUUCUGAUAAACUAGCAGCAAACAUCAGACAGAUAAAUGUAGAUAUAUGCGGUCGGAGAAGCUAAUGUGCACCUCUUCUAUAAUAAAUUACUUGCGGAUCAGAAGACGAAAUGCAAUGAACGCAAUGUGGUGGAUGUUGGAGGCGGGAAAUGCUCAAGAGAGUUCUGAAGGUAAUAGUAUAAUAAUACUGAACCACUGUGAUGACAGACUUUAGCUGAGGUGUUUUAGAAAAACCAAAACAACAUUUCAGAUGUUUCACAAUGUGGUAAAAUAUCAUGCCAAUAUUGUGACACAUUCGUGUGAUCUGACCAGGGCUUAAUUUAUAUAAUUAUACAAAUUAUCAAAAUGCAAAGCUGAUGCUUUUAUAUCAUGUUGAGUUUUCUUAUGCAUAUUCAUCACCUGUAAUUGCUCAUUUUUUUUCAUUAGAGGUUUUUCAGCAUGUGGCUACAGUUUGUGUUCAGGAAAGAGAAACUUUACAGUUUUAAGAUAUAAACUAAGAUUUAUUGAACUUGUUCUUUGUGAUUUCUAAAACUGGA